AUGGGGAAACACAGGAGAAAGAAGCGUCCAGAGCAGCAGUUUACUAAGAAGUUAGACAUAAUUAAACAGGAAGUCUUUUCAGCACACCCAGACCAAGACCAGACGGCAUCCUCUGUGGCUGGGCUUGCUGGUGUCUGCACCAUGCGGAACGGGCAUCUAAGGUUGCUGCCAGACUGUGCUCGCUGGUGCCCUCCGAGAUCCACGUGUGUCAAUGCCACCACCUGUCGCUGCUCCCCGGGAUUCAUUUCUUCGUCUGGGGAGAUGUUCACCAGCCGGUUGGAGAGCUGUGAUGACAUCAACGAGUGUGGACCAUCCUCGGCAGUGUCCUGUGGAAAAUUCGCAGAUUGCCAGAACACAGAGGGGGGCUUCUACUGCACGUGCAUCCAAGGGUAUGAGCUUGCUUCCCAGGCAAGAACGUUCAGGAAUGAGAGUGAGAACACGUGUCAAGACGUGGACGAAUGUCAGCUGAAACCCCGAAUCUGUAAAAGCCGCGGCAUCUGCACCAACACCCAGGGCAGCUACACCUGUGAGUGCCCGCCCGGCUUGGAGCUCAGCCCGGGCGACCCAAAUCUGUGCACAGACCUGUCCCUGAAGGUGCAGGAGCAAGGACACAGAAAUGUCACUUUGAGUUCAAAUCAGGUGAAGAUGCUGCUGAACUGGGAUGUGGUGCGCGAGUCUGGUGACUCAGGUCCUUCUGUGGUGGGCCUUGUCUCCACACCGGGGAUGGGCAAGUUGCUGGCUGAGGCCCACCUGGCCCUGGAGCCUGAGAGGCAGGCAGUUCCGCAUGGGGCACAAAAGGGCGUGCUGCGAGGAGUCUCCUCUGUCCUGCUCUCACACGUCAUCUCUGCCUUUAUGAGCAACAGGGACACCCAGAACCUCAGCUCCCCUAUCACCUUCAUCUUUUCCCACCAUUCACUGACCCCUGGGCCAACACAAAAGGUGUUCUGCGUCUUCUGGAAUCACACUCCGGAUGGAUACGGUCAUUGGUCCACCACGGGCUGCAGGAUGGUGGCCACUGGAGACACCAGCACCACCUGCCAGUGCACCCACCUCAGCAGCUUUGCCAUCCUCAUGGCCCACUACGAUGUGCCGAAGGAGAGCAAGUUCACCAAGGUCCUUACUCCUCCAUUCAGUAACUGCUGGCUCAAUCCAGGAAAGGGAUUUAUAUGGAGCUUCCUUGGGCCAGUCUGCACCAUCUUCUCUGUCAAUUUAGCUUUCGUUCUGAUGACCCUCUGGAUUUUGAAAAGCAAACUGUCUUCCCUCAGCAGUGAUGUAUCCACCCUCCAGAACACAAGGAUGCUGACAUUUAAGGCCACAGCUCAACUCUUCAUUUUGGGCUGCACCUGGUGCCUGGGCAUCCUGCAGGUGGGUCCAGCUGCCCAUGUCAUGGCUUACCUCUUCACCAUCAUCAACAGCCUGCAGGGCUUCUUCAUCUUCUUGGUGUACUGCCUCCUCAGCCAGCAGGUCCGGGAGCAAUAUGGGAAAUGGUUCAAAGGGAUCAGGAAAACAAGAGCUGAGUCUGAGAAAUACACACUGUCCAGCAAGGCCAUGUCUGAUGCCUCCAAACGCAGCACGGUUAAUUAAAAAAUAUCUUGAGUUAUAUCCACUUAUCCCAUGGAAAAUUGGAACGGUUAUUCUCUGAGCAAAUGAGAGGAUAAACAAGACUGUUGUGUGUGUUUCAAGAAAUUCACCAUGUCAAUAAUGUGAAAGAAGUCAACUAUGUUUGACAUCAAGACCUGCAUAAUCUGGAAUUUUCUGUGUCUUUCAGUGUGCCCAGAAAACUUUCCACAUAUAAAGGGCCAGAUGUGGCCCAAUUUCUUGGUCAUUUUGGGUUACAUGCUUUUCUGAAACCUCUCCUUCCUACAAAGACUCUUCCACAUGCUGAACAUCUAUGAGUUGGAAAACCCACCUCAUCGGAUUUUACUACCAAAAGCAUCCAUAAGAAUGGAAAAGUUCGGGGGUGCCUGGGUGGCUCAGAUGGUUAAGCGUCUGCCUUCGGC